UUGCAUAAUCCUGGUCUUUAUUCAGCAGACAAACCAGGUUCUAAGGGGUUUGGGAGGAGGGUAGUCAAUAUGAAGACCUUUUAUCAGAAAAGCAAUCACACCAAAAAAAAAAAAAAGCACCUACUUUUUCACAACUCUGUAUGUCUCACCAUUUUGCUAUUAAGCUGAUUCACGUAUUUUCAUACUUAAAUUUUUUAAAGAUCACCCCCCACUUUUGAGAAUGAACGAAGCAAAACCAAGGGGGAAGCUACUGUUGCCCCCCACCAGCACAUCAAGUAGGCUACUGUCUGCUGUCCCAGCCCUGUGCUUCUCUCCAACAUAUCCCCAUGAAGAAUCACCUCAGAAAGCCUCAAUCAUGCUUGGGCGUGGAAAGCAAGGUCAUACUUAGACCAGCGGAACUUUAAAAGCCCGGCUGAGGCGGAAUCCCGUCGGGACCGGAAAGCGGGCUUCCGGCCCCACCAGCUUUAAUACUUCCGCCCCGCAGAGGCCUUGCCUCCCCGUCCCCCCAUCUCUAGUUCUGCGCAGUCUCCGGGGGUUGUUUGCUGUCUCUAUGGCAACCCGGUAACCGGGAUCUGAAGAUGGAGACCAACGCGCCUACGGAGGGAUCGCGGUCGCGUUCUUUAGACGUACAGCACAGCUCCGGACUGGCAAUCACUUCGGAACCAUUUUCUUCUUCAGAAGAUGGUCCUAGGUCUGCCCUGGCAGCGGCAACCGCAGCAGCUGCAGCGGCUGCAUCAGCUGCGGCAGCCACUGCAGCCAUCACCACUGCCAAAGCAGCUGCGUUAUCUACAAAGACCCUAGCGCCCUAUUCUGAGUUCACAGGGCCAUCCUCUGACCCCAGUCUUCUUGGGGAUCCCUGCACGAAAACCAACUUUGCCCAUAGCAUAGGCCAUAAGAGUCUCCACUUCGAGCCAGUCUAUAUUCCCUGUACUGCUCAGGAUUCCAGUACUAAAACGGACCCUAGUUCUAGUCCUGGCCUUGAUCCUGACUCCAGUUCUGGCCAUGGCUCUGUCCUUGGCUCUGGCUCUGGUCCUGGCCGUGGCUCUGUCCCUGCCUCUGACUCUGGUCCUGGCCGUGGCUCUGUCCCUGCCUCUGGCUCUGGUCCUGGCCCUGGCUCUGGUCCUGGCUGUGGCUUUGUCCCUGGCUCUGGUCCUGGCCGUGGCUCUGUCCCUGACUCUGGCUCUGGUCCAGAUCCUGGCUCUGAACCUGGCCCAGGUGCUGGCCCUGGCCUUGAGCUCAGGCCCCGUACUCCUCCAAGGUUCAGAAAACUUGAGGCCGAUCUGGUCCCUGACUGUACCUCCUGGAGUCACCACUGCCACUGGGAGCCUCAAAAACAACCAUCCUGGGAACUUUUGCCAGUCUCAGAGCCUGGUGCCCAAGGGCUAUGGAAGCCCCCAGUGGUUAAAGGGAAACCUAAGGUUCUCUGUGAAGUAUUGCCACGGGGCCGGUGCCUCCUCUACAACUGGGAGGAAGAGAGAGCCACCAACCACCUGGAUCAAGUCCCAAGAAUGCAGGAUGGCUCUGAAAGUUUCUACUUCCGACACGGACACCAGGGACUGCUCACUAUGCAACCACAGUCACCCAUGCCCUCCAGCACCACCCAGAAAGACUCAUACCAGCCUCCAGGAACCCUCUGUCAGCCACAUCGAGGAAAACGUGAAGCCAUGCUGGAAAUGCUUCUACAUCACCAGAUCUGUAAAGAGGUACAGGCAGAGCAGGAACCCACAAGGAAGGUCUUUGAGGUCGAGUCUGUGACACACCAUGACUACCAAAUGGAGCUGGUGCAAGCAGGGCCUCCUGCUCCAACAAAGCCUCAUGACUACCAUCAGGAGCAGCCUGAAACCUUCUGGAAACAGAGGGCACCACAGCUACCGGGUGUCAGUCAGAUCAGGACAUUGGACACACCAUUCCGGAAGAACUGCAGCUUCUCAACGCCAGUACCCUUGUCUCUGGUGCAGCCUUUGCCCUAUGAACCUGAGAAUUACCCCCACCAAUUGGGAGAAAUGUCUUCCCUUGCCUGUUGUGGAGGAGAGCAGGGUGGUGGAGAGGGGAGAACUCCUCCUGGUAAGAGUUGAGGAGGGAUGUGGUAUAUGGAAUAUGGAAUCUACUUCUGUCUGUACUAGAGAGGUCAGGAGGAAGUUAAUUCUGUACUUGAUGAAGGAGCUUUACAUAAAGGAUUCUCUCUCAUCC